CGGAAAUGUGGUCGUCGCAACGGUGGACAACAGCGGUGUGACAACGACGACGACGACGACGACGACGGCUCAGCAGCAGCAGCAGCUACAGCAGCGGUUGGAGAAUUCACAGGAGGAGCAGUCGACGAUCUGGACCCUUAUACGAUAUGGAACCCUGAGAAAGCUUACGCUGCCAGGGGUAUAUGCCUGAUUCUGUUCGGAACGUUCGGAGUUUUACUGAAUGCGUUUAUUAUCGUGGCGAUUGUUCCGAAUCGUCGGUUGAGGACCGUACGCAACAUAUUACUCGUUCAUCUCGGUUUCAUAGGACUCGCUUCAUCUAUAACACUGACUCUGUACGCGGCCGUGGUAAUAUUUCACGGAGUAUGGAUCGGAGGAAGGUCUGCUUGCCAUGCUUACGGUUUUGUACUCUCCGUAUUUACAUUUGCUUCUGUUUGGACUAUAACGGCGUUGAGUUGGGACAAAUAUCGGACCAUCGCUUCCCCUUUACAUCAUUCCUUGUCGGCCAGCUUCCGUAAAAUGGCCGGCUGCUUCAUCUUAUUUUGGCUGGGAGCCGUUUCCCUAUCCGUUCCACCGCUGACCGGUUAUAGCCGAUUCAUCUUUGACAAAAACAUGGCCAUCUGCACCGUCGAACUGCGAGCCAGUACCGACCUCUGGUAUUCGCUCGUCUACCUGUCGUCAGCCUUUGUGCUCCCUUUUGUCCUAAUCACUUACUGUUACCUGCACAUAUUUCGUAUAGCCAGGAACCAAAGCAGUCGAAUAGCCGCCACGAUGGUUCGAAUGGUCAGCGUGAUACAGGCACCGAUCUCGUCGGCUCCACAAGCAGCUCUGUCAAUUAAGGGCACCAAAGCCAUAUCGACCAUAUUGCAACUGACCGGAGCGUUUGCGUUCACCUAUUUACCUUAUUCAAUGAUACUGCUCUUUAAAAUGCUGUUCACGUCUUCUCAUAUGGACAAUGUGACCGUUGUGCUUGCAACGACCCUUUUUCAGGCAGCCCCAUUGACUAACGCAGCCGUCUACGGCAUCAGAAACAAAAUCCUCCGCUCGUCGUUCAACCGCUACGCGCGGCGAAAGAUGCAGGAUUUUUGCUACAGAGACCAUCGGCGUAGCAGUAUACGUUCGGUGACGAAACGCCAGCCCUCAGCCCUCAAGCUCUCCUUGUUGCAGGGCCGACGCUGCGUUACGAGCGGAGUGAUUUUACCCACGUAUUACAGCGGAACCAGCGGUGGCGGCGGCGGCGGCAGUUGUGGCGGCAGCGUCCGUGGGGGUAGUGUCGGUGCUGGGGUUUGUGGUGGUGUCUGUUGUUAUGACGAUGCGGAUGGUAACGCCGGCGGGGAUACGAACCGUCAUGCUCAUGGAUUACGUCGGACUCAGUCGUACCCGAUCAAAACCCUUACGGAAGUUAACGGACUUUCUAUCGGCAUGUCACGGACUAUUACGGGACCUUACCAACAACAGCAUUCUCUGGUUAAUUUGAACGAUAUCAAUUCACUGACGCCAAUUGAAUAAAACUUUGUGAAAGAGGAAAUAUUUCAACAAAAACAACUGAAAAAACAACAUUUAACAAAACGUGUGUGAACGUUUGUGUGUGCACGAGUUUGUGUGUGUGUGAGAGAGAGACAGACAGAGACAGAUAGACAGAUGAGAAUG